AUGAACAUAAUGGUUAAGUAAUUGGAUUAUCCAUAAUUCAAGAUAGUAAAAAAUUAGUUCUUGUGCUAGAGAUUAAUAAAUUUAAUGAAAUGGAAAGAUCUAAUGGAUAAUUGUGGUAUAUUAAACAAAAUAUUUUUGAAAAUUGUUAUCUUAUUCCAUUUAUAACAACGAAUAUAUUUGCAUUUCAACCAUGUAGUGGUAAACAUUUACAAUUCUAUACAAUUGAUCAUUCCACUGGAUUAUAUGUAAAAUCAAGGAAUUCUAAGUUUAAGGAGUUGGAUAAGAUUGUUAGUAGUAUUUUCCCUAAAAAUAUAUAUCCACCAGAUAACUUACUUUCUAAAAAUGAAUAUUUUGUAAAUUUAAUAUAAUUCAAUUUUGAUUAUUAAAAUUGGGAUUGCGAAUUUAUAGAAGGUAUUGAGUUUGAUUAAAGUGGAGAUUUUGGAAACAUUUUUGGGACAAUGA